CACGCAGAUGUCAGCAGAGUUUCUCAAUCUGUCACUUUGCUAGGUGGGGUGCGUCUAUUGAGGGCAAAGCAAACAUGUACGCGGCAACUUUCUGACAACCGCCCUGGUGUGGACCUUAUUCUACCGUAUUCACCUCGUUUCUUAACAACACAGCACCUCGCUUUUACCAGCUCCUCUUUGCCCUUAAAAUUUGACAACUGAAGAGCAAGACUCGCGCGCGUCAUACAAGUAAUGAACCAUGCUAACCCACGUUAGCCGCUUCUAGGCUAACUCGUUAUGCUGCCCGCCGGCGAUUUUUCCUCAAAAGCUUAGGUUUUUAUCCCAGAAGUGACUUUUUUUCCCCCCCCUUACUUCCAAAAGUUGAGAACAAUACGGAAACAUGGGACUUCACCCGCUGGAAUUCAGCGAAUGCUAUCUGGACAGCCCCAGUUUCAGGGAGAAGAUUAAGGCUCACGAAGCGGAGCUGGACAAAACCAACAGGUUCAUUAAGGAGCUGUACAAAGAUGGAAAGAACCUCAUCAACGCCACCAAACAGUUGGGGAUGGCCCAGCGUAAGUUCGCCCAGUGCCUAGGAGAGUUUCAGUUCGAGUACAUCGGCGACGCCAAGACGGACGACGAGCGCUGCAUCGAUGAGUCACUGCAGGAGUUCUCCUCGUUCCUCAGGAACCUGGAAGACCAAAGAGAGCUGAUGAUGAGAAACAUCACAGAAACCCUCAUGAAACCCCUGGAGAAGUUUAGGAAAGAGCAACUCGGCACAGUCAGGGCGGAGAGGAAAAAGUAUGAGAAAGAGACGGAGAAAUACUACAGCUCGCUGGAGAAGCUUCUCAACAUGUCUGCCAAGAAAAAGGAGCCCCAGCUACAAGAGGCAGACUUCCAGGUGGAAACCAUGAGGCAGCACUUCCAGGAGGAGUCGCUGGACUACGUGAGCAAGUUGCAGGAGAUCCAGGAGAGGAAGAAAUUUGAGUGCGUCGAGCCGAUGCUGGCCUUCUUUCAGACGGUCUUCACUUUUUAUCACCAAGGUUUCGAGCUUGCCAAGGACUUCGACCAUUACAAACGCGCGCUACAGAUCAACAUUCAAAAUACGAGGAGUCGAUUCGAGGGCACGCGUUCGGAGGUCAACGAGCUCAUGAAAAGGAUCCGAGAGGCGCCUCAAGAGUACCGACAGACGAGCUCCAUCAGCUGCGAGGGUUACCUUUACGUCCAGGAAAAACGACCCCCACCUUUUGGGUCCAGUUGGGUAAAACGCUACUGCACGUUUGUCAAAGAGCAGAAGAUCCUACAUAUGGUGACUUUUGACCACCGAUCCGGCGGAAGGAGCGGCGAGACGGAGUCGGUCACGCUCAAGUCCUGCCUCCGCAAAACGACAGACGUGCUGGACAGGAGGUUCUGCCUGGAGCUCGACAUUACCGAUCGGCCCGGCACAGCCCUCACAGUGCAGGCUCUCUCGGAGGGUGACCACAAAUUCUGGAUGCUGGCCAUGGGUGGGAAGGACCUGAUUGGACGAUAUCUUGGGAGAACGUAUUCGAAAGAAAGAGGCAUCGACGCUCAGCUGGAUGAUGUGGGUCUAACUUUCGUGAAGAACUCUAUCAGCGCCAUCGAGACACGAGGUAUAAACGACCAAGGCUUGUACAGAGUCGUGGGAGUCAGCUCCAAGGUUCAGAAGCUCCUCUCGUUAAUGAUUGAUGAGAAGAGCAACGACGUGGACCUGUGCACCUCCGAGGAGUGGGACGUGAAAACCAUAACCAGCGCGCUCAAGUUGUACCUCAGGAGCCUUCCCGAGCCACUGAUGACCUACGGACUUUACAAAGAAUUCAUCAGCCCGGCGAAGGGCGGCAGUCCAGAGUCUCGCAUCCAGGCCGUCCACUGCCUUGUCCAUAAGCUACCGGAGAAGAAUCGACAAGUCCUCGGGCUGUUUAUGAAGCAUCUGGCCAACGUGGCUGCGCACAGCAAGCAGAAUCUGAUGACGGUGGCCAACCUGGGCGUGGUCUUCGGCCCAACGCUGAUGAGGCCGCAAGAGGACACGGUGGCUGCCAUCAUGGAUCUCAAGUUCCAGAAUAUCGUGGUGGAGAUCCUCAUUGAGCACCAAGAGAAGAUCUUCACCGAUGCUCCCGAGUCGUGCCUUCUCUCACACGCCGCCCCGACCGUCUCCGCCCCCACGAGGCAGUCCAAGAAGAUGAAUCGACAAAGCCGUCCGCUGGCCGUCUACAACCCCCAAGUCAUGGACAUACCGACUGCCUGCGACUCCUCCAACCUCGCCACGGACGAAACGUCAAUGGGCAGCAACGAGUCGGUGUCGUCGCAGUCCUCGUCCGCUUCGGCUUCCGAGGCGGCCACGCCGGAGAGGAGCGAGCGUUUGCCUCUCGGCGUCGGCCUCUCCUCGGGCACCAGCAACUCCAAAGCGUCCAUGGCAGCAGCCACCUGGUUAGGAGAAUCCCAGCAUGUCUGCACACCUGACAAAGAGAGCGUCAUAGGCAGGAAAGCCAAGGCGGUGUACCCGUGCGAGGCCGAGCACGACUCGGAGCUCUCCUUCCAGAUCGGCGCAAUUUUCAACGCCGUGACCCAGUCCAGAGAGCCGGGCUGGCUGGAGGGGGAACUGGAGGGCAAGCGGGGCCUCAUUCCUGAGAACUAUGUGGAGAUGCUGUAGCCUCCAAAAAUGGACACAAUAUGGAAUUAUUAUCUUACGCUUUCGCCUCACCUGUUGGGUUCUCUCAAGCCAUGGACCUAUUUGUUUUUCUUCCGCCCAUUUAUACAUGGUAUCCAUGAGACACCCGCCCUCCCCUCACCCUUGCCCCCCCCCCCCUCCCACCGACGUGCCUUGUCGAGCCCUGAAUGUAAACGGGUAUGUAUGGCCAUAAAUCAUGGACAGGGCUUUGCUUGCAUAUUGUGCACGUUCCAAACGUGGCUUUUGGACUUACAAAAAAAAAAAAACGCGUUUUAUACAAUCGAUGCACUCUUUGGCUUUCUUUCAGCAGACAUCCGAAUAUCACGGCCCUCUGCCAAUUGUGCCUUUUUAACGCUGGAUGACUUUUUUUUUUGUCAGCAUGAGGACCUAACUAUCUAUUGAGAUUCUUUUUUAUUAGCGGAACCAAGUGUUUUUAUCCUUAGUAUUUUUUUGGCGGGGUUGGUGGUAUUUUUUUUGUUUGUUUAUUUUUAAAGCAGACACUCCUAAACAAUGUCUUGAUUUAUUAUGAUUUUAUUUUUAAACCAAAAAAAUUAAGAAUUUUAUGGUAAAUAUCCUAAAAUGCAGUAUUUUAAUUAGUGCAUUUUGUGUCUUGGUGAGGUUGUUUCACGAGGUUUGAUGGUGGAAGCACGUCACUUCAGUUUAUGCCACCAGAGGUUGCAAUAUUUUCAAAUGCAGAUUUGUGGUGUUAUGGUUGUUUGUAAAAGGGUCCUGGAUUCAUUUUUAUACACAUUUGAUAGGGACACACUCUCAAGCAAUGUUCAAUAAGUGUUAUUGCAGUGAAAUAAAUUUUCAAAUUGAUAACUUUUCAAA